CCAGGACUUCUGAGUCGAUGUCAGCCAUGCGGCUGUUCACGUGUGUCCUGCAGCUCUUGGCUGGUCUGUCCCUGCCCGCUGCAUCUCCCCAGCAGUGGGACACACCUCCUGAGAACAGCACAGCAGAAGUAGAAGUGUUGCCCUUCCAGGAGGUGUGGGGCCGAAGUUUCUGCCGCUCGCUGGAGAAGCUGGUGGAUGUUUCCACAGAGUACCCAGGAGAAGUGGAGCACAUGUUCAGUCCGUCCUGUGUCUCACUGAGGCGAUGCACUGGCUGCUGUGGGGAUGAGAAUCUCCAUUGUGUUCCUGUGGAGACAACCAAUGUCACUAUGCAGCUUCUGAAGAUCAAGUCUGGGGAACAGCCAUCCUACAUGGAAUUAGCAUUCACUGAGCAUGUGCGGUGUGAGUGCAGGCCUCGGAAAGAGAAGAUGAAACCAGAAAGGAGGAGAAUCAAGGGUAGAGGGAAGCGGAAGAGAGACAAGCAAAGAACCAAAGACUGUCAUCAGUGUGAAGAUGCUGUUCCCCAAAGGUAACUCAGUGGACGCUGGAGAGAGCAGCCUCUGCUCAGCUUAUAUUUAUUGUCCUUUUCACAAUCUUAAUUACCUCCCCAACCACAGCCCCUCUAUUUAUUAGCCAAAUGUAACCCCUGCUGAAUGUCUACUUCUCCCUCGGCGGGGAGACUGACCCUCAGGACUUUGGUGCCUUAAGAAGAAAAAGAGGAAACUACAGGAGGAUCCAGAGUCGAAAUCAUGUGGAAUGUACCUACACACUGAACACUUAACUAUGACUCAGGAGAGUGGAGGGGAGGCAGGGUUUUCCUCCUCAUCCCAGGAACCUGGGACACAGAGGGGAGGAAGCAGUGCCUGAAUUCUCUCCCUCUCCCAUUCUUGCUUCCGAAUGAAACAGGGACUUCUGGGCCUUCCAAGGGGAAUGUAUGUAUCCCUUGUCUGAGGUCUGAGUAAUGUUCUUUUGAUGGAAAGGAAAGAGCCACUUAUGACCCAUGUGGAAAGAGUAAGCUAGGGAAGUCUAGCCUAGCCUGUUCUUCACAAUGGAAGAGAGUAGGUGGAAAAAAAAAAAAAAAACCUAGGAAGUGGAACCUGAACAGGGGUAUCUGGGAGAGGACGGUCACCUUUGCUUAGUAGAAGAAGAGAAAAUGAUGGCUAAGGUCUCAGGAGAAAAUUUGCUGGAGCAAUUAAGACUUUUCUUAGCAAGUGCCCUCCCACCCUGGCAGCCAUGCAGAAUCUCAGAGGGCCAAACCUGGCACAGUUGUGAAGAACAGUGGAUACCAUGGUGUGGAGGAGACUCCUCUAGUCUCCUAUUUCUCCCAGGACCUUGCAACCCUUUCCUACAACUUGACUGCAGGAAUUUAUCUCCUGGCUUGGGAUGCUAAUCCCAAAGAAUCAUCCAGUGCCACUCUGACCCACUGGAAGUACCAAUGAGUACAAAUGCCAAAAGGAUGUAGGCAGACAGCCCUUAGCCCUGGGCAUGAUGGUUAAGGUAUAGGAAAAAUACCUAAGGACUCCAAGGAAGAUCCCUCUACUCUGUUGCCAUGUUCUCGGAACAGGGCAUCCAGCCCAUUGAGGAGCACUGUUGUAUACCCAGGUCUUCUGUGAAAUGGGUUCAUUAGGUUCCUUUUCGAGGAGGCUGGGAACUUUCUAAAAGGGUAACACCAGUACUUCCUGACCACCAUGCUCAGUAGGCACAGGGAGACCAAAGAAAAAUCAGAUUCUCUUAAAUAAAGUAUUUUAAUCCAAUUUUUUUUGCCUGGGAAAAUGUAAUUGCUUGCCAGAAAAGGAUGAUCUCCUUAGUUAAGGCUGGACAAAAGCCUAUGAAUCUGGAUUAAAAGGGCAUGCAAUACUAUCCCCAUUUGAAAGCUGAGGAAACAGAAGCACAGAAUAAAGUAACAUCCAUCCAGUUGGAGACAGAA